GCAUAUGCCAACAGGACAAUUGGUAUCUUAAUCGGUAACAUCUGAAAUCAUAUCAAGCCCUGGGAGGGUUCGCGGAGGAUUGCCGUUUUCAGAAAAUUUGAUACUGCUCACUGAUUCGAAAAAUUAAUGAGAUUAUCUUUCGCACGAAAUGGGAACAAUUGGCCGUUCCUGUGCUGAAAUGCUUGUCUUUGAAGAUAGGCCAGAUGUUUAGUCGGGUAGGGGCAAAUAAAGAGAACCGGUUCUGUCAAACUUUAUUCAAACAAAAGGAUAACUGUAUCGAAAUAUAGUCACACGCAGCAGCAUUACACCAUAUUUCCAUGCUCUCUUUUUCCAUUAUUUUAUUUUAUGCUCCUAUUAUACUUGUGAUACGUCGAAUAGUAUUUAAUACUGCGAUUUCUGUGUAUAGGCCUCUACACUAGGAGUUUCAGAAUUCCUAUCCACAAGUUCACACUUGGUUCGCCACUAUUUCGAAGUAAAGAUAGUACAAAUAGCUAUGCGUUCUCUUUUAAGCUAAAACUGUUCAUAUAUCAUAUUAUUUAUGUCUAGAUAGCAUUUCAGUUUGAAAUUGUAAAACUACCUCAAUUCAUCUGUCCCGCUCUCUCUUAGAGCCAUCUGCCGAGUUCUCCACGUAUUAACUGUGGCGGCAUACCGGAUGUUCACAUAAAUUAGUCCUAAAACAAAAUUAUUCACGUAGGUCCAGCGGUUACUUUUAACAAAAUAAAUUGCAAAAUUCAUAAAUUUCUUUACAUUACUCUUCUCAGAAUAAGUUUUAUUACGCUGAAAAUGUAUGAGUGUGCAGAUGAUUCAUACCGCGGAAGGAUACAUGCUUUAAGAAUACGUGGGCUCGGUAGUUCUUUCAGACAGAGGUAGUGAUCGGGUGUAGUUAGUGUGGUUGAGUUUGUGCGUGUUCAAGGGUUUGAGUAAAUUUGUGUGCACCAUGAGCUGGCAGGAUUAUGUAGACAAGCAGUUGCUGGCUUCUAAAUGUGUUACUAAAGCAGCAAUUGCUGGACAUGACGGAAAUGUUUGGGCGAAAUCGGAAGGAUUUGAAGUAUCGAAAGAAGAAAUUGCAAAGUUGGUGCAAGGUUUUGAGAAACAAGAUAUCUUGACGUCUUCUGGUGUCACGUUGGCUGGCAACAGAUAUAUUUACCUGUCUGGAACUGAUAGAGUUAUUAGGGCAAAACUUGGAAAGGUUGGUGUGCAUUGCAUGAAGACACAGCAAGCUGUUGUAGUUUCACUAUAUGAGGAUCCCAUUCAACCACAACAGGCAGCCUCUGUUGUGGAAAAAUUAGGGGAUUACUUAGUGUCCUGUGGAUACUAGAGGUAUAAUAGACUGUUCUCAUGUGGUGAUAUGAAGAAGCAGCAGCAGCAACAACAGAGAUGGUCGUUUUUUUCUAUACAGCGAACUGUAAUGUGCAUCAUGGUUCUGGCUAAUAAUUCAGUUUGAGUUUAAACUCAUAUGGUGAAAAUCUUGAACUGCAUUUUUCUUUUCUCAGUACCUUGUGUCCGGAUGUUUGUGGCAAAUAUUGCUUCAGUUUGCGAAUGAGGCAUUGAGCAUAUCAUGGGCUCUUGGAAGUGGACAAAUUGUUGGCAACGUUCUCCAAAGUACACUUUGGCUAGUAAUCCAAGGUGUACCUCGAAGUUCGCCUGGAAUGAAAAUUGAAGAAUUGUAGCUGAUACUAGUAUGACCAUUGCAUUUGAUACUGAGUCAUUAGGAUUUUUAUAAUCUCUAGUCCUGCUCUUUCUACCCCAUAUCUUUCCCUUUGCCGUGUGAAAUUUUGUUGAAAAUUAAUUUAUUGGCGAAGUCUUCAAUGCUUUAGAACCCAGUGUACUCAUUCCUUGUCUAUAUGUAUCACAACCAAUAAAGUCGGAAGCUUGAAUGACAAAUAUUGGUGGAGCUCAGAAGGAGGGCUAGCGCAGUGUGCGUAGUGUCUCCUGCCUGCACUGUGAUUGUGGUGUAAUUUUAAGAUGGUUUGCAGACUAUAAAUAUAAUGGAUAAAAGCUCGUUUUAGUGCUAUGUUGCUGAAAGGAUUUGUGGUGGCUUUGAUUUUUACUACGGUCUAAUUUAAACAAUAAUUAGCUUUGUAAAAGAAUUGAAUAUGGAAUUUGAGAAAUUUACCAAAAUCAAAUUUGUAUAAAAGUAUGGCAUAGUCAGUUGAAUGACUUUUACUGCAACUUUGUUGAAGUAAAAGUUUUUCAGCUAAUGUGAAAACUGGGGGAAUAUGAAUUUUACAGUAAUCUUUUUUAUGUAAAGCGUUAGUGUAGCAAAGUUUAUAUAUCUUGUUUCCUAUAAUUUAAAGAGAUAUUUUUGUCUGUAAAAUGGAAUUAUCUUGGCCCCGGCCUUUUGUGCUCUACUUCAGGGGGCGAGAGCAAUUGUGUGCCAAUUGUAUACCAACUUCAGGUUAGUCUCCUGCUGGAUUUAUACAUUUUGUACUGAUUUUAAUGACCACUGUAUUCCAGUAUUUUUCGUUAUUCUUAUGAAUUGUACUGUUCCCCUUCAGGGCCCCCAAUAAAAAUUAAUCAAAAAGUGUGUUGUAUUUAUUUCAUUUAAGUCAAGACCUAGAUUUUUCUUGUUAAACCUCUUCCAAAUUUAGUAUUGUUCUCAGUAGUUCAGGGUAUACUUUUGCAUUUCUUUAUUUUUACUUACAUAUUUGUGCAAUAUGAACUCAAUUGUUUAUGCAUUAAACAUGAUUCUGAAAUAAAAUUUUUCUGCUCAUGUAAGAGAAGCCAUGUCUGUUUUGUUAGCUGUUUCUUUCACCACACUUAAUGUAAUUGUUAUAAAUUUUUCAUAAGUAUAAAAACUUUUACUUUUA